AUGCUCUCCAUCAAGAAAAACCAUUUUCCCUCCGGUGAAAAAUCAAAUAAAUAUCUUGGACCUCCCUCAUUCGACGAUUGGCAUCAUCAUCAGGAAUUGACAAAGCAACUGGAACAACCGACCCCUAAAAAGCCUACGCCAGAAAAACUCAAAGACACUACGCAGCCGGUUAUCAGCUAUAUUCGCGCAGACAACUUUGCUUCUUACAUCCCAGUUGCCAGGUCAAAAUUGGAAUCCAAACAGAUGAAAAACAGACUGCGUUGGGAAAGAGCCAGAGCCGAUAUGGCAGUUGAAGACUGGAGAAGAGUAAUCUGGUCAGAUGAGUCCAGGUUCAUGGUGAAAGGCAAUGAUUCUGACGCAUCCGUAAUUCGAGGAUUUGGAUCUCUCGUGGCUCUUGAAGGCUCAGUCGACCAAGACGUAUAUGUCGACUGUUUAUCCAACGACUUCAAUCCAGGGUAUCAAAACUUAAAUGGAGAACAGGAUAUAGUCUUCACCUUCCAAGAAGAUGGUGCUAGCUGUCAUACUGGCUCAUAUACAACAUGUCCUGAUUUGAACCCAAUUGAACAUGUAUUGAAGGCCAUAAAAGACCGAAUUACAAAGCAAAAGGCUUAUAUUAACAAUACUAAAGAUAUCAAGGUCUGCAUCGCAAAGGAAUGUGAACAGAUGGACCCAAAGUUUGGGGCUGGUUUUGUUGCCAGGAUGUCUGAUAGAAUUAAGGCUGUAAUUGAUGCUCGUGGUGGAAACACCAGAUAUUAA